AUGUAUACAGAAUACUUCAAAAAUACUUAUAUGGUAGAUAUCUUAGAAUAUCUACGUAUAAUAACAUUAACAGAAGAAGGUAUUACAGGUAAAUCUAACGAUCUUGAAAAUCAAGUUUAUCCAAGACUUUCAACAGGUACAAAAGUUUGUACUGAAAAAAAUAAAGAUGAUGCUAUACUUUGUGAUAAAAAAUCAAUUAAUUCUGAUUAUGAUUCGGUAGAAAGUAGAGCAACUUUUAGUUCGAAUCAAAAUAGUAUAAAUUCAAAUAAUAGUGAUCUACAAGAAACCGUUAUAAUAGAGAAAGAUCAAUUAGAAGAAGAAAAGAUCAACGAUCCAUUUCUGGUGACAUGGAAUGGUCCUGAUGAUCCUGAUCAUCCAAUGAAUUUUGAUUCAUUUAAGAAAAUUUUAAUAGUUGUUCAAAUUAUGAUGAUUACUUUUGUCACAUAUAUGGCAUCAGCAAUUAUUACUCCUGGUCAAGAAGAAAUUCAAAAUGAAUUUAAAGUUGGUCAUGUUACCGCUACCUUAAAUUUAUCUGUUUACGUUUUAGCAUAUGGUAUUGGUCAAGCUAUCUUUUCACCAUUGUCAGAGGUUGCAAAGAUUGGUCGUCAAUGGGUUUACACUUAUACUUUCUUUCUUUUCACUAUUUUUCAAAUAGGUUGUGCUACUGUACAUAGUUUUGGUGGCCUUGUGGUACUUAGAUUUAUUACUGGUGUUUUAUCAGGUCCUGCUUUAGCCACUGGUGGUGCUAGUAUUGCUGAUAUCAUUGAAGGAAGAAAGCUUACUGCUUAUAUCGCCCUAUGGGCCAUUGGUGCUGUCCUAGCACCAGUGAUGGCUCCAAUUGUUGGUGCCGCUAUGGUGAUUGCAGAAGACUGGAGGUGGAUCUUUUGGUUAUUGACAAUUAUUUGUGCAGUGUUUCUGAUAGUCUUUAUUCUUUUCUUCCCUGAGACUUCUGGUAAUUCAAUUCUUUCAAGAAGAGCCUCAAGAAUUAGAAGACAAACCGGUGAUGACAGAUACUAUACAAUUCAAGAACAAAAAGAUUCCUCUACAAAAUUAAGUGAAUUCCUGAUUAUGACUUUCUACAGACCAUUUGAAAUGAUUAUUAAAGAACCUAUUAUCCUUGCAUUUGACGUAUAUAUAUCUGUCAUUUAUGGUGCAUUAUACCUUUUCUUUGAAUCUAUCCCAAUUGUCUUUGUUGGUAUUUAUCAUUUUACUUUAAUGGAAAGUAGUGUUGCAUUCCUCGGUUUCUUGGUCGGUUGUAUCAUUGCUUAUCCAAUUUUAAUAAUAUUCUUACACAAAGUGAUCUAUCCAGCACAUGAUAACAAUACAUUUGUCCCUGAAAAAUUCUUACUUUUAGCAAUGAGUGUAGCAUGGUUACUACCACUAUCCCAAUUCCUGUUCGGUUGGGCUGCUAGUGUUCAUUGGAUCAUCCCAGUGAUUGCUGAAGUAUUUUUCAUCAUCGCCGUUUGGAACUUAUUCCAAGUUACAUUCUCUUAUUUGGCCUUUAGUUUCCCAAAUCAUGUGGCAUCUGUCUUUGCUGGGAACGGUGUCAUGAGAUCCACUUUUGCUUGCGCUUUCCCCUUAUUUGGUAAAGCCAUGUUUGAUAACUUGGCUAUAGAAGGAUACCCUGUUGGCUGGGGGUCUACAAUUGUUGGAUUUGUUACUAUUGGGUUAUCUUUGAUCCCAUUCGUACUAUAUAAGUAUGGUGCUACAUUGAGAUCCAAAUCAAAAUUCCAAGCUUGA